GGAAAAAUAAAAUUGUUGUGGCAAUAUCAACUUAUGACACGCUAUAUAAAUAGCCCAUAUGCCUCUUCCUCUGCGACUAGGGUUUUUGAACUAACUCUUAGCUAAUACGCCGCCGCGUAGCGAAGAGAGCUUCUCCUUAUCUGGAACCCUAGCCAUGUCGCUGGUCGCAAAUGAAGAUUUCCAACACAUUCUUCGUGUUCUGAACACGAACGUCGAUGGGAAACAGAAGAUUAUGUUUGCCCUAACCUCCAUCAAAGGUAUCGGUCGCCGUUUUGCUAACAUCGUCUGCAAGAAAGCCGACGUCGACAUGAACAAGAGAGCUGGUGAACUAUCAGCUGAAGAGCUUGACAAACUUAUGGUGAUUGUUGCAAAUCCCCGCCAAUUCAAGAUUCCAGAUUGGUUCCUGAACAGACAGAAGGAUUACAAGGAUGGAAAGUAUUCUCAGGUUGUAUCCAAUGCAUUGGACAUGAAGCUGAGAGACGAUCUUGAGCGGUUGAAGAAGAUCAGAAACCAUCGUGGUCUUCGUCACUAUUGGGGUCUUCGAGUGCGUGGCCAGCACACCAAGACCACUGGCCGCAGGGGGAAGACUGUUGGUGUCUCCAAGAAGCGAUAAUUUGGUUUUUCUAAUUUUUGUGUGUUCUCUCUGGCUUUUUGGAUACUUUGCAUGUUUUCAGUAUUUUGAGGUUUUAAAAGAACUUAGCAUGUCUUCGAAUUUUUAUUUAAGUGAAGUUACCAUUUUGUA